ACCGGCACACAGGGAGGAAAGAGAAAAAAAGCCCGAAAAAGGCAAUGUUUGAGCGCUCCGGCGCUGCCCGCCGGGGGGGCCGUCAGGGCAUCCCCGGGCCCAGCCAGGGUGGGUGUCAGGGACACGGUGGAAAGGCCGGAGCUGGCUCCAGGGGACAGCCCGGAGGCGCAGCGAUCCCCCCUGGUGCGCCCCUCUCCUGAUUUGGGCCGGGAUCGCGGCUGCAGCCGCAGCUCUAACCCCUUGCCAUAAAUGUACCGCUGCAUCCCUGGCCAGGGGCAGCAUUCCCGAGGCACAGGCGCAGGGGAAAAGCAGCGGGUGAGCGGCACAGCCAGCCUGGUGCCAUGGCAUCCUCGCACUCCUUUCCCGAGCUGAAUGCCCCGCAGCAGAGGGACCCGGCCACGGCAAGUGCCAUACGUGACUCUGCUCUGACCCUCCCACCUCCCUGCGUGCCCCAGCCCCUGGUGUGCCCUGUGAACACCCUGCAUAACCUGCUCUGCUGCUCCAUCUUUUCUAUUCACACUGAGGUCCUGGAACAGGACAUCUCAUGAGUGAGCUACCUACCAGGGUCCUGAGUUUGUUUGACAUGAACAAGGAAAGAGCAAAUUAACAACCGAGCAUCUUGGGCAAGGGUAAAAUGAUCAAUUUACUGUUUGCCUUGUUAUAUUCUUCAAACACAAUAACAGUCCUCUACUUUAAAAAACCCUACCAUCUGCCGAAACAGAUGAGAAGUCUGUCAUGCCUGCAUUCUCAUAUGCUGAUACGUACUAUAAAGAUGUUUAAAAUAUAUUUUUUAUCUUUACAAAGAUAUUUCCUUCAGAUAUUGCAGACCAUAGAAACUCCUUCCCUUUAGCGGUAGUGUGACUCAUGCCCAGUUUGUGCAGCUUGCUCAGUUUUCAGACAACUCCCUAUUUUCUCUGCUCAGAAGGGAUUUUUUCUCCCCACUAUUAAAACAUUUCAAUGGCAAUAAUCUGUUUUGUCGGGGUUUUUUCCCUCUCUUUUAAGGAAGACAGGGCUGAUUACUUUUUAGCAUUUCCACUAUGAAAUGACUGUGAUCCUUUAUCGUUUAUUGUUUUGUUGAUCUUCUUAACUCUAGCCCAUGGAGAUGACACAAAUGUCAAUCUCAGUUACAGCAGUUCUUUGCUGCUGACUUCUAUAAAAGCAUUUUUUGAGGUGAAGUAGAUUUCUCCGUGUGCUUGUUUUCUAUCUCACUUCAAAGCAUCUUUGCAAUCUUGCUUUUGAGGGGCCCAUUUCAUGUUCUGAAAUCCUUUUCUAUAGGAUCUCAACCAGACCAAAAGAGGUCUCUUCAUUAGCUGGGUCACUAUCACCUCUCACCUUCUCUUUCCUACUAAUGUGUUUGCUUGAUUUGUGUUCCUUUCAGUCUUCCUCAUUAUUUAAUAUUCACAUUCCACUUUCCUGUCUUCUGUUCUAAAUAAAGCACCACAACAUUUUGCUUGAGUUUUUUACACCUAGUUGAAGUUUGAGUACUUGGCUGUUUUUUUCUCUGCUUCAGGUUCAGCCUUCAAAAGAUUAUCCCACACAACAAGUGUCUCACCACCUCAGUAAGAGUCCAUCCUUUAGUUAUUUCUUGUCCUUUAAUUCCCACAGGCAGGCAUUUCAAGCAAUUUUAAUCAUGAUUACUCCCAAGGAAAACAGAGAUCUCAUGUUUGGCAUGGCCAGCAAGCUGUCCUGUUGGGAUACAGCAGAAUUGCCAUCUUUAGACAUCUGCUUUGGAGUCUCUUAUGUUUCAUGGAUUUGUUAGUUAGUUCCUAAUUGGUGAAUGGUUUUUUCCAUGUAGUCAGUUAUGGUAAGUUCAGCCUCAAAGUGUUGACACCACAGCCUGGGUGGAUGGAAUAUUUCUUCUCUGGUUGUAUGUUGCCAGAUGCUUGCCACUCUGCCUGGGAUUUCCAGUCCUUCUUCCUCACAGUCCAUGAAGUUUGUUAAUGAGCUGGAUCAAUUCUGGCAUGCAGUAGUGUUUUAUUCCUGCCAGCAAACUUUCAAUGGCCCUGACUCCCACAGCUUUCCCCAGGAGCUCUCACAUGCCCAGGAGGUCAGCAGUACUAAGUGGCCACUUUUACAAAAAGCCUGUUUCCUUACCCAGUUGUUUUUACUGGGCUGAUUGUUAUCUCUCUGUGCCUUUUCCAGGCUCAGGGCUGGGCAGUUGUGCUCAGCCAGUGUGCUGACAGGACAGGUCCCUUGUUUUUCCUACACUCAUCAGUCAGCCUGUGUGAUGUGCUUCUAGAGUACUUACACUGCAAAGGCACCAAGGUAAGGGCUACUCUUUUGUUCCACUCUUGUGGAGAUAAUUUUGUCUGUCUUCCACUCUAAGGUUAUACUGGUUUCUUCUAAGAUCAACAAUACAUGUUAAUAUAAUGGAAUCAAAGAAAAGGCUUUGCUGUUUCACCAGCGAUCAUCUUGGUUUUACCUUAAGUGAAUAAGAAAUGUAUUUUCCAGAGUUUGAACUCUAUUUCUAGAGCUACAAAGCUGAAAUGUGUAGUUCAGAGCCAUAAAAGGUUUGCAUGAUCUUUGAAACAAAUAUGAAGGACUAUCUAUCAUCCUUCAAGAACAUGCUGAAGCAUCAAAUAUGAAAACAAUCAUAGUAGAUUUUAAAUCUAAAAUGUUAAAUGAGUUUAUGACAAAAGAACAUGUCCUGAAGAACAAGACACUCAGAGAGGAAGACAAAUGCUGCUCAGCAUUUCAAUACCUGUCUUCUAGACUUUGGCUUCUGGGGUAAAGUCUUCAAGGUGUUUUAGACAGUUCAGGCCUGUCUUUACAGUACCUGAGAGAAAAAUUGAUACCAAGAAAAAGGGUUCUGGAGUGCCAAGAAAGGGACUGUGACACCAGAGUGUCAGUAAAGGCUCUCUUGCUCCAGGGUUGCCUUGGCCAUUUGUGCUACAUAAUUUUUCCCUGUGUCUGGUGCCUGAACUAUUUCCUUGUAGUUAAUGUCUGAAUUUCUUCCAAGGCCAAAGAGAGAUCACUCUUUUCUUUUAAAAAGACGUGGAAAUAGAAGAAGCUUUUUUCAUACAGCCACUCCAUUGUAAUAGACCAUUCAGCCAUGACACAGAGAAUCUCAGCCUUUCUCUGCCUGGGCACACAUUUCUGUAGCCCUCUGACUUUCCCAGCAUAGCAAAAACAUGGAAUCACAGAGACUCAGGAGGAGUUACUGCUACAAAGAAAAGUGAAGCCAGGGAGACACUGGAUAAUACUUGAGAACCAGAGAGUAACACCAACCUGAAUGCUCUGAUGAAAGGACCACACUGAGUGAAAAAAAAAAAAAAAAUAAUGGAAAAAUUGAAUUCCUUUCAGCCUUAUUAGUCUAAAGAGUGAACUGGAACUGAAUCUGGGGAUAUUUAAAGUAUCCAUGCUCUCUAAUAUAAAAUAUAAAGUGCAACAUUCUGCCCUCUGAGACGCCAGGGAAUUGUACUGCACUGCCAGGGACCUGUGCAUUGAGUAACAGUGGAAUUACUCAAGACAGGAAUUUUUUUUUUGGAAAGGAUUUGCCAACUUCUGCCAUUGUUCAGUAUUUUCCCUGUCACAGGAUACAAAGUAAGCAUAUGUGGAACACAGGAAUUAACCUGCAGUGUUUCAGCAUUUAAAAAUUCUGGUGUUCUAAAAGAUCUUGGCAUUUCUGAGAGGAACUGACCAGAGCAUAAUUUUACUUCAGCCAAAUUAUAGCAUUUGUGAAGGAUGACCUGCUGAAUAAAGGAGGAAAUGUGAGGAGUCGGAUGAAAGGAGUUCCUAAAUAACAUGAAGCGCUGGUCUGGUGCUGGCCACAGACUCCCCUGUAUCAGUGGCAGCCUCUUGGUCCCUCUUUGCAGAGCACAUGGAAAAUCAGUCGCUGGUUUGCAGCAGCUGCCCAAACAGCACCAUGGGCAUUGUCUGGAGGAGACCCUGCCCUGGCUCAUGCCCCUGGCAGCAUCCUCAGUUUUGCAGGGCCGGUCUCGGCAGUGCUGCUGCAGCCCUGGAGCAGAGAGCGGCUCCCUGAGGCCCUGCCACGGGGCCAUGGCUCUGCUGCUGGCAGCGGCACAAGUGCUGCUGCUCCUGGGCCUGCCUGGGGCCUCCCAGUGCCUCUGCUCGCCCACUGCCUUCUACAAGAACUGCUGGAUCCGGCGCUUCCCAGGGCUGCUGGUGGACGUGCGGGAGUCGCGGCGCAGGGGAGCGCAGCUGCUGAGGGGGUACGCGGCAAUCUCCCCGCAGCAGUGCAGCAGGACCUGCUGCCUGCUGAGCAACGUCUCCUGCAAUCUAGCAGUGUUCUACCAUGGAGCCAUUCAUGAGAACAGGAACUGCCUGCACAUGUCUUGCCCAGCUUUGGAAAGCUGCAUUCUAAAGGCUGGAGUUGAUGUCAUUUUGUACAACAUCACAACAGGGAUUGAUCCAGAUCUUCUCAUUUUUGAGAAACUGAAAUCCCAAGAGCCAAAUGCUUACUCCUCAGCAAGUAAAUCUGAGAGGCAGCACAGCACAAAGACCCCUGAGGGGGGAAGAUGCCAACAUCCCAAUGCCACCAUGUCAGGUUCUCCUCUGCUCCGAGCUCCACCUGCUGCCAACAGCCAUGCAAGGACUCCCACCCCCAGCUGGAGUCUGACAGUGCAGAGAACUGAAGGUAGUGCCCAUUCCAGGGCAGAAACUUCCCCAGCAGCCAUUGCUUUUGAUAAGAGGACAAGCAGCAGGUCGGUCACCAGCUCAGACAAGACUGCACACUCAGCUUUGAGCCCCAAGCCUGCCCAGGUGUUAUCCCACGUGCCCACCCCUCCUCGCCUGAACAGCAGCAAGCAACACCUCAAUGAAACCAAAGGCUACAGUGGCAGGAAUUCCACGUCAGAUAACGAGGCAGCUGCCUGGGAAGCUGCAGCUUUGGGGGUCUGGCUGAUUCCUGUUGUCCUUUGCUCCUCUCUGCUCUGCCUGUGCUGUUGCACUGUUGCCCUCACAGCCGGACGCUGCGGCUGCAGGAGGGGUCACUAUAAACCCGUAAGGACAAGAACAACCAUGUCCAGACAGCUCAUAAAAUAUGCUCCUGUCAGAGGUAAUCUGUGAAACACCAUCCUGGCUCUAGAACAAACAGGAUUUUUAAAAUGCACCCCAUACACCAGUUUACUUCUCUCACAGAAGCAGUGAUAACUUAGUUCAGAAUAUUUUGGUAAUGAUUUAAUUCUCAGCAGAUGAAGCACAACUCCUUGUCUCUUUAGGUAGGAAACACCCACUCACACCUCCCACUGUUUGAAGCAUUUUGGUUCAUAAUCUGGUGCAGAUUAAUGCCUGACAAACACUGUAAUACUUUCCCCCAGGUUCAGUGCAGCUGCAGUGUUGGCAUGUCUGUGUGGCAGAGAAUUAUUUAACUGGAUGAGAAAUCCUGCCAUGGUUAUUUUUGUACUUGUCUAUUUGCUACUGAAUGAAUAAACAUCCCAUGUAAUGCAGGAA